AUGAAUUACGUGAUGUCUCGCCGUAUGAACUUCAUAUUUCUAUUUCUAAGUUUAGUUUCCUGUUGCCAUGGUGACCAGAAAGAAGAUGGUGAUACGUAUAUGAGCCGAUUCGUCGCUGAUUUGUGGCUCGAGGGAGCCGAUGUGGUCAGGAUUAUAUGGAGAGACUGCUCCAAGAAGCUAGUGGACGUGAAAGACGUGAUAGACCACAAGGAGUACUUCCCCAAGUUCGUGAGGUGUAUGAAGAGAAAGACCCUCAGAGCAUUGGACCGGUCCCUCAGCCCAGAUGUGGUGCCUAUAGCCGACGGCGUCAACCUGGUCCGGUUCGAGAUGGUUGACCGCUCUGGUAACGUCAUGGCGGAAAAUGAGACCAGUUCAUGGACAGAAAAAGAGCUGGACGAGGGAGAAUGGAGAACACUAGCGCUCCGGCGGAUGGCGAGGGUCCUAAGAACGCACGUCAUCAAAUUCGACUUUGACGACGACAAAACCUUGGAGAAAGUUGAGUAUCGCGGCCGGCGUCGCCACCAGAUGAUGACGAUGAUGAUGUUCGGGGUGGUCUCCAUCGGCAUGGUGCUCAUCCCGAUGGGCUUCCAGUUCCUCGCCGUGCUGGGGGGCAAAGCCCUACUGUUGGCCAAGAUGGCGCUCAUACUUGCCUCCAUACAGGGACUUAAGAAGAUUGCUGCAAGUCCGUUAAACUACGGGCUCUACCACUCGUACCCACCUUACGAACACUAUGAGAAACGGAGUCGCGACGAUUGGCCAUCAGUUCUCAUGCCGACAACACCGCCUUCAACGUCCAUACAUCCCUGGCCGAUGCAAGCUGGAGACAUCAAGGUCGAUAGGAUACACAUAGCAAGAGAAGACAUAAAAGAAGAAGCAAAUACUAAAAGAGAGUCGAACAAACUAAGGAUUGAGCCACGAUUGUAUCCAGUAUACAUUGGAGCACCAGAAACGUCGCCUCCAAUAUUCACGUCAAUAGAUGCACCUACACCUCUAGCAGACUUGACGACGAGGCCAGGGGAAGUCCAGGCAGAUUUUGCCCUGGACCUACCCUACAAUGGAUUUCGUUUUCAAACUCCCACUGCUAUCGUUUCAGCUUGA